CCAUGCAGCCGUCGCCACUACUGCUGCUGCUGCUAGCCUGCGUGUCGCAGCCGGUGGGAGCUCUCCUCCGGCUGUGCGAUGUGCUAUGGGAGCUGCAGGAGGCACAGGAACGCUGUCUGCAGAAGCUCCUAGAGGAGAGGAUGAGAGAACCGAAGUUGCCAACCCCAGACUGUGAGAUAUUGUGGGACAAUAUGAGUUGCUGGCCAUCAGCUGUGGCAGGACAGACGGUGGAAGUGGAGUGCCCGCCAUUCCUCAGACGACUCACUGGCAGAAAUGGUACCAUGUUUCGAAACUGCACACAGGAUGGCUGGUCGCAAACUUUCCCCAGGCCUGACUUGGCCUGUAGGAUCAACAUAAACAGCUCAUCCAAUGACAAGCGGCAUGAGUACCUGCUGAAGCUGAAGGUCAUGUACACUGUGGGUUAUAGUUCCUCCCUGGUGAUGCUCCUAAUUGCUCUCAGCAUCCUCCUCUCUUUCCGGAGGCUCCACUGUACUCGCAAUUACAUCCACAUGCACCUGUUUGUGUCCUUUAUCCUUCGUGCCCUGUCCAACUUCAUCAAGGACGCUGUGCUGUUCUCCGAUGAUGUGACCCGCUGCAAUCGUCACAGGGUGGGCUGUAAGCUGGUAAUGGUGUUCUUCCAGUACUGCAUUAUGGCCAACUAUGCCUGGCUACUGGUAGAAGGCCUCUACCUCCACACACUGCUUGUCAUCUCCUUCUUCUCAGAAAGAAAGUACCUGCAGGGAUUCGUUGCUCUUGGCUGGGGUUCCCCAGCUGUCUUUGUAGUUUUAUGGGCUGUCAUCAGAAAGCUUUGGGAAGACAAUGGGUGUUGGGACAUCAACUCCAAUGAGGUCAUCUGGUGGGUCAUUCGAGGGCCUGUGAUUUUCUCCAUCCUGAUUAAUUUCAUCCUUUUCAUUAACAUUCUAAGAAUACUGAUGAGAAAACUUAGGACUCAAGAAGCAAGAGGAAAUGAGGCGAGCCAUUAUAAGCGCCUGGCCAAGUCCACCCUCCUGCUGAUCCCCCUCUUUGGAAUCCACUACAUCAUCUUCGCUGUUUACCCUGCAGACGCCAUGGAGGUUCAGCUGUUCUUUGAACUGGCUCUGGGUUCGUUCCAGGGCCUGGUGGUGGCUGUCCUCUACUGCUUCCUCAAUGGGGAGGUGCAGCUAGAGGUUCAGAAGAAGUGGCGACAGUGGCACAUCCAUAAGCUCCCAUUGCGCCCCCUGGCUCUCAGCUCCUCUUUCAGCAAUGGCACCAGCGGUCUCACCCACAGCACCAAAGCCAGCCCCUUGGAAGCAGGUCGAGGGUCCUUUCGGGCCAGUGUGAUCUGA